CUUGUGUCGAUAGAGAAGAUUUUUCUCCGGUGCCAUUCCAUUCAAUAGCCAAAAGUGUUCAUGCAUGUGGUGAACACGUGCGUGUAUGUGAGAUACAGACAAUCAACCCUUGCGUUGCGCUACCGCUUCCCGUUCGUGUAUUGUGUUCUGGCGCAUUUGUUCUCGUAAUUUACAGUUAGUGCGGGGAUAGAUAGAGAGGUCUAGAUCAACUGUUGCCGCUGCGCCAAAAAAUGAAGCUGUUGCGACGGAAUCGCAAGAUCAAGGAAAGUACCACCGCGUCCUCUUCUUCCGACGAUCUCACGGCAGUGGUAGGUCCACGCCCUCCUCCUCUUCACAUUGCUUCUCCGACGGCAUCCAAACGAACAACUGGCUUCCGCCGGCGUUCGAACAACAACUCACUGUCAGCGACAGUCUCUACUUCGCUACUACCCUUCCGUCGUGUUGAAUCCUCCUGGAGUGUGGCGAGUACAGUUUCCAAUUCGGAGGAUUUCGUGGAAGAUGAUGCCUGUUACUGCGAAAACGGGGCAACACUGAUCACUCCGGACGCCGCUUCAACUAGGGACCCGAACACGGCAAGUCGGUUUGCGGAUCCAGUCGAACAGCAUCAGCAGCAACUCGUCAUGUACGAGCCCACCAAUCCAGACUCUUUAACCGAUGCCUUUGGAGUGUGGGCGCAGUCGCUAGGAUCAUUGGUGCAGUCAUCGGAAAUGGCCACGUUCCUCACCACAAGUUCCCGUGUGGUGUCAUGUGCGGGGGACUUGGCCCUGCAAACCGCAUUGUUGCCCGUCACCUUGCCAAUGCACGUGAUGUGUACCACUGUCGACUUUAUGGCAAACGUCGUGAGCUCCACCACGGGAGCGCUGAUGCAUCACGCCACCGUACGCUUGCACUCGUCCGCCGAAAGAACCAUUACGAUAACGGACGCGGUGGCAGCGAACCCGCGCUCCGACGAUAACGGCACAAAGGCAAAGCCAUCUGUUGCGGAUCAAAAUCAAGAGCAUAACAUGGGGGAAGGUCUUGUUCACGGGAUUUUUGGGUUAUCCGAUCUUGUGUUCGGCUUGGCCGAUCACGUGACGAAAGAAGUCGGUUCAAUAAUGGUUCACAUGGUGGCUCCCGUUCUCGGCGCCAGCACCGGUGAGGGUGCCGCAGGACGCGAAUCUGAUCUAGUCACUAUCGCUCCGUUAACGAAAGCGGUCUCCUCCACCAACGGCAAGGUUGUGUCACACUUAUCAGACGAUGACAAUUUUCUCGAGCGGCUUCGUCUCGAUUUCUCCGAUGUGCCAUCACAUUCGUCCGAACAGGUCACGGACCCUUCCAAUACAGCCGUUGUUGCCAAGGGACACAGUCGCUUUUUGUUACGGGUGGAAGAUAUAGGGUUCGAACAGAAAAUCGGAACCGUCGCUUACAUCGAUUUGCAGGAAAAGGACCAUCAACUCAUCACUGCUGCACUCGAGCGCCUUGUGAUGGCAGGCCUCACUCUCAUCGCGAACCAUCCAACCGUCCGCAUGUCCCAUCCCUACGAUACCAAUACGCUUUCCGAUAUUGCGUGGAAGAUGGAAGGCUCUACUUCCAAGCUGCUCCGAAAAAUGGUUCAACUGUCCACCUUGGAGCGAUUGCAAGUACUACAAAAGGAAACACUUGUCUGGUCGGGCAAGUACAAGAUUGAUGCAGACGGUACGAAUCGCAAGGCACCCUUCUACCUGGCGCGCGGCGUUGUUCCCAAAUCUCCACGCGAUUUCUUGCACUUACUCUGGGACAAUUCACGAACGGGCGAAUACAAUACUUUUUGCCUCGGUCGGAAAACCCUUCUUACCAUUGCCGAUGACAUUCUCCUCAAAAGUCCAGCCAACGGUCCUGUGUACGGCAUCAAAGUGGUGCAAAGCGAAACACGCGUGCCCUUUACCUCACUGAGCGUCCAUGUAAACUGUCUCAUGCACGUCUCUGAAUUGGCCGCCCCCGAUGACGGAUACGUCAUUGUCAGUCGGAGUUUGGAUUCCGGUCCAUCCGGAACACACGUGGAGGAGCCGACCAGUAACGUCGCUUCCAAAGUUUCGCGUCCGAAAAACGAAAUUUUGUGGGGCAUCAACGUGCUGCGGGCCGUGCCGAAUCACCCCGAUCGGGUGGACCUCACAAGUGUUUCUCAAGUGGGAUCGUCCCUCGUUCCCAAGUUUUUGGCCGGCAAGAUUGCCAUGAUGGGUUUGCAAGAAUUCUUCGACAACGUUCGGAACCCCAAAACAAUAUGA